UCGGUGCAGAUUAAUUGGGACCAGCCAGUGGAAGUGCUUCAUAACUUCAUCCGUGGCAAUGACAAGCUACCGGGAGCCUGGACCACUAUAGAUGGGCAGCAAGUAACAGUUUUAGGGUCAACCAUCUUCAAAGGAGCAAAACCAAAGGGUCAAGAGGUGGAAGUAACAGGGAUGAGCCAGCCUGGUAUAGUACACAAAGGAGGACUGAUCCUGACAGGCAAUGAUGGCAACAUGGUGAGAACAAGUAACACUGAUGUCACCUCCCUUGACACAAACAUGCAACUACAAUCCACUGUAGUUCAGUCACUUGUAUUUAAUGUGUCAAGAAACAAAUAUAAAGAAAAAGAAAGUCCUUUAAAAUAG